AUGGAGACUCAGCGUAAAAGGAUUUUAAAUGAGGAAUAUAACGAUGGAACUAUUGAGAUAUCAGGACAACAUGCAACCACCAGUGGAAUGCUUAAAUACACUGUAUUGUUCAAAACUACAAACUGGGGUGAAAAUCAUAAAAAUAUGCCCGGUAGUUUUUGGAAAUAUGUAACUUGUGUAAAAAUGGAAUAUAACGUAGAAGAGGGACGUUUACCUAGGGAAUUCAUAGAAUAUGAUUUCGCCGAAGAUGCCAUGGACUAUGAGACACAGUUAGCUGAGGCACGUGAUAUAAAAUUUACGCAGACUCUGACAGAGCCCUUGUGUAUCGGCUCUCAUAUCAUAUGUACAGGAACGCCUACUGAAAAUGUACCAUGGUAA